AGUUCUUUUUGGAGGCUCAGAAAAGCAGCAAGUCUCAGGAUGUCUUCCAGUGACAGCCAGAUUUCUAUAUCAAUGUCAGAAGAACAGUGUAUGACCUCCAGUGAUCUGAAUACAUGUACUGAAGGGCCUGUGUUAAGUUUCCAUAACAUUUACUAUCAAGUGAAAGUGAAGCAUGGCUUUCUACCUUGUUGGAAAACAGAUGUGAAAGAAAUACUGUCAAAUGUCAGUGGGAUUAUGAGACCUGGCCUCAAUGCCAUUAUGGGGCCGACCGCUGGAGGCAAAUCUGUGUUGUUAGAUGUGUUAGCUGGAAGAAAAGAUCCACGUGGAUUAUCUGGAGAUGUUUUGAUAGAUGGAGAACCGCCACCUGCUGAUUUCAAAUGUAAUUCAGGUUAUGUGGUAAAAGAUGAUGUUGUGUUGAUCACGCUGACCGUGAGAGAACAUUUACAGUUCUCAGCAGCUCUUCGGCUUCCAAGAAUGUCGAAUGAGGAAAAAAAUAAGCGGAUUGAAAACAUCAUUGAAAAGCUAGGUCUGAAAAAUGUGGCAGAUUCCAAGGUUUUGUCCAAAGGAGAGAGAAAAAGGACCAGUGUGGCAGUGGAGCUGAUCACUGACCCUCGCAUCUUGUUCCUGGAUGAGCCCACGACUGGAUUAGACCCAAGCACAGCACAUGCUGUUGUUUCGCACCUGAAAGAGAUGUCUAGGCAGGGGCGAACAAUCAUCUUCUCCGUUCAUCAGCCUCAGUAUUCCAUCUUCAAGCUGUUUGAUAGCCUCACCUUAUUGUCUGCGGGAAAAGUAGUUUUCCAUGGUCCUGCACAGAAGGCUGUGGAGUACUUUGCAUCAGCAGGUUACCACUGUGAGCCCUCCAACAAUCCUGCAGACUUCUUUCUAGAUGUGAUAUGUGGAGACUCCUCUGUCAUAUUAAACAGAGAGGGACAAGACUGUAGUGACUCCUCUGUUGUAGGAUACAGGCAGGAAGAAGCCACCUUUCUUGUAGAAAACAGAAAGGAAAAAGGCUCUGAAGGACGCAGACAGGAAGAAGCCUCCUCUGUUGCAGAAAACAGAGAGGAAGAAGACUCUGAUGCUGAGGAGACUGGAGAGUUGAACAGGAGAAAUAAGUCACUUGUAGGAAGCUUAGCUGAGCUUUAUGCCAACUCCUCCCAAUACAGAGAAAUAAAUGGUGAAUUAGAUCAACUUUCGAAAGGUGGGAGGCCGAGGAGCUCAGCCUCCGAGGUUACCUAUACCACCUCCUUCUGGCAUCAGCUUGGAUGGAUUAUGAAACGUUCAUUCAAAAACUGUGUGGGUUAUCCUCGAGUCACUAUAAUUCAGCUGUUGUCAAUAAUUGGAGCAGGAGUGAUUGUGAGCUCUAUUUUUCUUGGACUAAAUAAUAAUUGCACUGGAAUCCAGAACAGAGCCUCAGUGCUCUUCACACUGACAGUCUUUCAGUGUUUCAGCAGCGUGUCAGCUGGGGAGAUCUUCAUGCUUGAGAAGAAGCUGUUCAUACACGAGUAUACCAGUGGAUACUAUGGACUGUCAUCUUAUUUCUUUGGAAAACUAUUUGCUGAGUUAAUCCCUAGGAGGUUUUUGCCAACUGUUAUAUUUACCUUUAUUCUAUAUUUUCUGUUUGGAUUGAAAGCAGGGGCAGAAGCCUUCUUCAUCAUGAUGCUUACUGUUAUCCUGGUGACUUACACAGCCAGUUCCAUGGCACUGGCCAUUGAAAUAGAACCACGUUUGGAGUAUGUGACAACAUUUUCCAUGAACCUCUAUUUUGUGUUUAUGAUGAUUUUUUUGAGUAUGUCACUGUAUUUUGAAACCAUUGCACCUGUGUUUUCAUGGUUUCAGUACUUAAGUAUUCCACAUUUUGGUUUUACGGCUUUGCAGCAUAAUGAGUUUUUGGGGCUAAACUUCUGUCUUGGACUCAAUACAACAGAACACAGUGACUGUCCCAACUAUAUAAUAUGCGCAGGCGGAGAAUUCUUGAAAAUCCAGGGCAUUGAUGUCUCACCUUGGGGACUGUGGCAGAAUCUUCUGGGUUUGACUGUAAUGAUGUUUUUCUUCCUCUUUAUUACCUUCCUAAGAUUAGCAUGUCUUGUAAAACAUUUCUAAUUUUCCCUUAAAUUUAUUAUGAGUUAUCAUCAUAUUAAAAAGAAGCUCUUCUAUUUACUUUAAAUCCAAUAA